GGUACAAGGAUGGGAUGGCACAGGAGGGGGAUGGGAUGGAAUGGGGGCAGCAGAGGGGGUGGCACAGGUCGGGACGGGGACAGAAUGGGAUGGGGAUGGGGCAGGUUGGGAUGGGCUGAGGUAGGACGGGAUGGGAUGGAGUGGAACGGGAUGGGCUGAGGUGGGAUGGAAUAGGGUCAGAGGGGGGGGGACAGAACGGGAUGGGAUGGGACAGGUUGGGAUGGGAUGAGGUAGGACGGGAUGGGAUGGAGUGGAACGGGAUGGGCUGAGGUGGGAUGGAAUAGGGUCAGAGGGGGUGGCACAGGUCGGGAUGGGGACAGGACAGGGACAGCACGGGGGCGGGAAGGGGCAGCGUGGGAUCGGAUGGGAUGGGACAGGGAUAGAACGGGUCGGAAUGGGACGAGAUGGGACGGGACAGGGAUAGGACGGGACGGAACGGGACAGGCUGGCGUGGGAUGGCACAGGACGGGACGGCGCCAGCACAGGAGCAGCCGGGCCAGCACCCCCGCAGCUCGGGGGCACGGGGAACACGCGGCCCGCAAAGCGCAGCGCCCCGUCUCCCCUCCGUCCCCGCGCUCCCCCCGCUUCGCCCCGUUCCCCGCCGAAUCCCGCGCCGUCCUUUGUUUACAUGGGCCGGUGGCUGGCGGAGGCGGCGCCGCCGGGGGAGGGAGCGCUGCUGUGCUCGCACCAGCUGUUUCCCGCCUUGAGACACACGCACACACACACACACGCCCGCUCCAGCCCCGGCGCAGUCGCUCCGCGCCCGGCCCCGCGCCCAGCGGCGCCCCGCAGCCCUCCCGCUGCCCCCCGCCCGGCAUGGAGUACUUCGUGGUGCCCGCCCAGAAGAUGCCCUCCCUGCAGCACUUCAGGAAAUCCGAGAAGGAGGUCAUCGGCGGGCUGUGCAGCCUGGCCAACAUCCCAUUGACUCCGGAGACCCAGCGGGACCAGGAGCGGCGGAUACGCAGGGAGAUCGCCAACAGCAACGAGAGAAGGCGGAUGCAGAGCAUCAAUGCCGGCUUCCAGUCGCUGAAAACCCUCAUCCCGCACACGGACGGGGAGAAGCUCAGCAAGGCGGCCAUCCUCCAGCAGACGGCUGAGUACAUCUUUUCCCUGGAGCAGGAGAAGACCCGGCUACUACAGCAGAACACCCAGCUCAAGCGGUUCAUCCAGGAGUUCAGCGGUUCCUCCCCAAAGCGGCGACGAGCGGAGGACAAAGACGAGGGCAUCGGCUCACCGGACAUCUGGGAGGAUGAGAAGGCCGAGGACCUGCGGCGAGAAAUGAUCGAGCUCCGGCAGCAGCUGGACAAGGAGCGCUCGGUCCGCAUGAUGCUGGAGGAGCAGGUUCGCUCGCUGGAGGCCCACAUGUACCCCGAGAAGCUGAAGGUGAUUGCUCAGCAGGUGCAGCUCCAGCAGCAGCAGGAGCAGGUGAGGUUGCUGCACCAGGAGAAGCUGGAGCGGGAGCAGCAGAUCCGAACCCAGCUCCUGCCAGCACACGGUCCCCCAGCGCCCACCCACCACCCCACUGUGAUCGUACCAGCGCCGCCUCCCUCCCAUCAUGUCACCGUGGUCACCAUGGGCCCAUCCUCGGUCAUCAACACAGUCUCCACGUCCCGGCAAAACCUGGACACCAUUGUUCAGGUAGAGAGCGCCCCUUCGCGGGCGGGGGGUCCUCCUCGGAUGUCCCCGGGACGCUGCGCAGUGGCUGCGCCCAUCCUUGGGGACCCUAUUGGCAGUGCCACGGUGCCGGCCCCUCCCCGACGCCGGCACCGCGGCGCUGCCGCCCCGAUCCCGGCUGCGGGCCCCCGGCGGCAGCGGCAGCGGCAUGUGCGCAGGGCUGAGCCGACAGCCGGCAGCCCGGCCCCCGGCCCGGCGUAUAAAUAG